AGGGCAGAUGUCAAACAAGCAGCAUUGCACUGCGGGCUUUAAAGCUUUCUUUUCGACUAUGAAGCUCUAAACCUUUACAGAUUAACAGGAGCGUGUGUGCCAAGCUGGGCAUCCAGCAGAGCCUCUGUGCCCCCUACCAUCCUCAGACUAAUGGUUUGGUGGAGAGGAUGAAUGGGACCUUCCAAAGGGCGUUCAGCAAACUUGUGGGCACAAAACCAGAAACUUGGGACGAAUAUCUAGAUGCCAUUAUGUUUGGACUCCGAACCAAAAAAACAAUUACGAGGUCAUACUCACCUUUUUUUUUAUGUUUGGGAGAGAGGCCCGCUACACAUCAGAGGUCCCUGAGCACUACAGGCUGGACAGCAGUGUUGAGGCCAUUGUGGGAGAGGAAGCUCUGUGGGAGGACAUAGAGCGGCUGGAGAGCGUGAGGGAUAUUGUGCUCAGCAAUGUGGCAAAGCAGCAGGAGAGCACCAGGCUGAGGCUGACAACAGGUGCACCAAAGGCAAAUCUUAAAGUUGGAGAGCACGUCUGGCGACAGAACGUCAAGAACCAACACAGGAAGGGUGGGAAGUUGGAGGCAAACUUCCUGGGCCCAUACACAAUAACAGCACUGGAGGGCAAAAGUGCAAAUCUGGAAGGAAAAAAUGGUGCAGUUUUCCGGAGGGUGAACAUUGACCACCUCAUCAAGGUGAGGCAUGAAGUGCCGCGUAUACCUCAUAAAACACAAUCUUCCACAACCCCUUCUACACCACCUCAGACACCCGCUGCUUCAUAUCCAGCCAAGACACACUGCCCCACUGUCCUUUGUCUGGCCAAAUCCAUCAUAAAAGCACCUCCACCAGCCUUCUCACUUCCAGCUGCACCAGCCUCCUCACCUCCAGCUGGACCAGCCUCCUCACCUCCACCUCUAUACCUCAUAAAAUACAAUCUUCCACAACCCCUUCUACACCACCUCAGACACCCGCUGCUUCAUAUCCAGCCAGGACACACUGCCCCACUGUCAUUUGUCUGGCCAAAUUCACCAUAAAAACACCUCCACCAGCCUCCUCACUUCCAGCUGCACCAGCCUCCUCACCUCCACCUCCCUCCUCACCUCCAGCUGCACCAGCCUCCUCGCCUCCACCUCCACAAGCCUGUUUUGGAGAUGUAGAGGAAAAAACUCCAAAACACAAACUUCAAUCCAAAUAUAUAAGUUUUUUUUCAUUCUGUGCUUAUUACUCAGUUGGAAAAAAAAAACAGAACUUAUAAUUUUCAGAAAAGGAAAUCGUAACAUUUUUAAGAAUUGUGGUUGAAAUGGAAAAUAUGUUUUUGAGAUGGGGUUUUAUGUUUUAAUAAAAGGUUAAUGAAUACAGCAUGUUUCAUGGUUUGAUAAUGUUCAUCUUCUGCAGAUGUGAAAGAGGCAUUUGCAGGGAAGAAGGCCCACGUCCUUUUUUCAAGGAUUGAAAAGUUUAAUUUGUAUUUUUGGGACAUCGAGAGGGUU